AUGACACCUUAUGAGGAUGAGGUUGAUAAGGUAAAUGACGUAUCAUGUCUACGCAAAGCUCGGAGUGACCAAAGUACUGAUGCUGGACUCCAAGCAGAGAGGUCUGUGGAAUAUAUCGGCGAUUUUACUCCGUCGUGCACUACAUACAUAGAGCAUCGCGAUUGGAUAUAUUUAUCCAAUAUUGUUAAAUUUUGA